AUGAAUGGAGUUCCGGGUGUACCUGGACCACCAGGACAGCCCGGAUUGGCUGGGAAUAUGCCUUCCGUCUUAGUGGACUACGUAGCUCAAUGCCGAAUGUGCCCAAAAGGUCUACCCGGUUUUCCUGGACCACCAGGUCAACCUGGCUCACCUGGUCUCGAAGGACCGGCAGGCACAGAUGGUAUGCCUGGUCAAAACGGGAAUCCAGGCAUGCCGGGGUUGCCUGGGAUGCCGGGAGAGCCAGGAUUACCAGGAUCACCGGGUGCUUCAGGAGAUAAGGGCCAUGAUGCUGAGAUGAAGAGUAAAGGAGCACCAGGGCCUAAGGGGGAACGGGGUAUGAUGGGUACACCUGGAUUCCCUGGACAGGACGGGAGUCAAGGAAAUUCGGGACUUGCUGGUUCAAUGGGACCGCCAGGUCCACCAGGCUUACCUGGUUCACAAGGACCCUCUGGAUUCGACGGCACUACAGGACCUUUGGGAGCUCCCGGAGAGGAUGGUGGCUAUUGCCAUUGUCCAGCAAGAUCGAAAUCAGUCAAGCAGUGA